AUAAUGGAGUACUGUAUUUCAAUUCCAUUCUUCUAAUUUUGGAGAUGGGCUUUUCCAGGUCAAUACUACUACUGCUAGUGCUGGCCUUCUUCAGUUGCUGCUUCAGCUUCUCAUCUGCUAGUAAUUAUGCUGCCAGUCAUGAUCUUAACCAUGGUGGAAACAUCACCAUAAACUGGGAUGUCAUCUCCUGGACACCCGAUGGAUACGUUGCGGUUGUGACCAUAUACAACUAUCAGAAGUCGAGGAAAAUCCGAGAACCAGGUUGGACAUUGGGAUGGAGAUGGGCAAAGUACGAGGUGAUAUGGAGCAUGAUGGGAGCUCAAACAACAGAGCAAGGAGAUUGUUCCAGAUUCAAAGGAAACAUCCCACAUUCUUGUCGGAGGGCUCCGGAGGUUGUGGACUUGCUGCCCGGUACUCCCUACAAUCAGCAAGUAGAAAACUGCUGCAAAGGAGGGGUGCUUAGCUCGUGGGGCAAGAAGGGAUCUAGAGCCGCCGUGAGUAAAUUCCAACUCUCUGUUGGGGAAGCUGGAACCACCAAUAAAACAGUCAGGCUACCCAAGAAUUUCACCUUUGAAGCGCCGGGGAGCGGCGGAGGAUAUGCUUGUGGAGCCGCCAAAAUCGUGAGGCCUACAAGAUUUGUGACCCCAGAUGGGAGAAGAGUGACACAGGCUAUGAUGACAUGGAAGCUGAGUUGCUUGUACUUGAACAAAUCUCCAAAAGUGGCAUAAUAUGCCCCUCCUCAUCCUCUAAUUUCAAAACAAAAUGCUCAGGAAGAAGCCUCGUAGUUUUGUGCACUUCAGUUCAGUUCUACUCUGUUCUAUUGAGAAUUAUGAAUUUGCUUAAUCGCUUGUGGCCUGUUGGCUGAAAUAAACUCACUACUGCAACGAUUGUGGAUUUGUAAUAAAUUAUUGAGUAUUAAAAAAUGGGUUGAAUAUGUCUUUCUA